AGUCUUCGAAGUUGCAGUCCACAUAGACCAGCACGUCGGUGAGGAAGUAGAUCAAACCACCGCCAUCAAAAAACAUCAUAGUCGGCACUAAAUUCUGUGUCCAACAAACAAAUUAAAUCCUCAUAAAUCGAAGUAGCCACGAUCGAGUAGGAGCAGACGUGGAGGCUGCGCAUCCCCCCAAACCAACUACUCUCCUCUCUUGUGUUUUGCUGCAUAUCUAAAAUCCAUUCAAGUGCCUGCCUGAUGAUCUCAACUUUCCUUUGUAAAUUGGUGCUUUGCGGCCGGGCCAGAGUUAACGAAAUGGGGCAGGGGCAGAGCCCAAGCCCGGUGGUGAAGCUGGGGGCGUGGGGAAGCGACGCCGGGGCCGCCCACGACAUCGACGUCACCGCUGCGGCGCCGCACCGGCUGGAGAGCAUCGUCGUCCGCUGGGGCAAGGUCAUCGACUCCGUCGCCUUCACCUACACCGACGAGGGCGGGCAGCUGCACACCGCCGGGCCCUGGGGCGGCGCCGGAGGUGUAGAGGAAGACACUAUCACCCUGGGCCCCUCUGAGUACAUAGCCCAGGUCGCCUGGUCGGUGGGCCCGUUCCAGUUCAAGGAGAUCGAGGACUGCGUCACCUCGCUCAAGUUUGUGACCAACCGGGGGGCCACCUACGGCCCCUUCGGCCGAGGGGACGGCGCGCACCACAGCCUGCCAGUGCUCGACGGCGGCAGCCUCGUCGGCAUGUUUUGCCGCGCUGGAGACUACCUCCACGCUAUCGGCUUCCACGUCCGACCCUUGGCCGUCGUCGAGUCCACGGCCUCGCCGGCCAAGCCUCAAGGGGAGAGUUUGCCUGCCGUAGCCACUGAGGGAUAGGAGAGGGAAAGAUAAAAUAAAAGGCCGUUUGAAUCUUUGUGAUGUCGAGUCUCUGAAUCACUACAUUACAUGCACAUCAUGUAUCUAUCUCUGCGCUAGCUCCUCAUGUCAUUACACUAUGACUUGCUUAGCCCUAUCAAAUUUUGUCACAUGCAUAGUCCGAGAAAUAAAGAAAGGCUGUAUGUUCAAUAUUUUGGAUA